AUGGGUUCUACGACCGCUUCUCCAGAAGCAAGUCCGACAAGGUCUGACAGGUCAAGGAAACCUGGAAGCGAAAUAUACAUUCCCAGACAGAGACGUAGUCUGACUGGUGAGGAGCAGUUGCCAGAUUCUAAGGAUAAUGUCAAUAAUGACAAUUCCGAUAAUCAAGACAAUACAGUCAUCAGGAAAGGUCGAGGAAAAUUUUGUGGUCCUGGUAGUGACAAUCAACAAGACCAACAAGUCUCUCGUGCUGCAAGAGGUCGCGAUUUCGAUGCAACUUCCUUACGACAAUAUCCACCGAAGGCGGGAGAUAAGACACCAAGCAAAGGUCACGCUAGAAGAAAGUCAAAAUCGGAUAAAAGAAAUAGUAAUGGAUUUCAAGGCUCUGAAAGUGGCGGAUCUGGCAGUGACAAUAAUGCAUCUGAUGAUGUAGCUAGAGUUACAAAUUCGCUUGAGAACUUAAAUGUUGCUGAUAGCGAGAGUGAAUUAAAACCCGCUCCUCAACCAGAUAAUACACCUUCAACUCCACAAGAACAUCUAAGACAAGACAGUGAAGAAUGGGAAAAAAAUGCGGACGGAGAAACAAAGAACAAAACAGGUGUUACCAGUCCUGUUACCAGUCCUGCAGAAGGAGUCCCAAAUCCAUUUGACUGGCAAGCAAACAAACAAAAAUUGGACGGCCAGAAGAAUGAUAAUGCGAAAAAUGAUAAUAAGACGGGCUUCAAAAAAAGUCAUAGGAAAAACAAGAGUAGCAAAAUUGAAUUCAAUUUUGAUCCAGAUGCUUUCGAGGGGUCUACACGUAUUCUUGACGUGCUUGAUUUUCCUGCUUCUUUCAAGACACAUCAUCUUCACGAAAUUUUUCAAGAAUACGAAACCAUGCGCGGUGGUUAUCAUAUCAAGUGGAUGGAUGAUACCCGUGCUUUGAUCGUCUUUGAACAUCCAGCCACAGCGCGAAAGGCAUAUCUUGACAAUGUUAACAAUCAACUCGCCACCAUCAAACCAUACGAAGGUCCAACGGAUUUUCUUCAAAAAAAUCCAUCACAACCUCGUGCACGCCCUCCAACCACUGAUAUGGUCGCUAAACGUCUUGUUCAUGGCGCUCUUGGGGUUCGUGUCGCGAGAUCACCCGAACAGCGUCAAGCAGAAAUUCAGAUUCUCAGGAAUGCCAAAGAUCAACGCGACCAAAGGCGUAAUGAAAGUAUUAGGCGAUCUCAGGACUUGGAUGCUGCAUUCAAUGAAUAA